AUGGAAGCCCAGCAGAAGGGGAGCAUGCUGUGCUCCCUGAGCCACAGCAUCGCCCGCUGUGCAGCUGAAUUCUGCGGGGCCCUCAAUGUCACUGUGUCUCCAGGACCCGUGGUUGACUACCUGGAGGGAGAAAAUGCCACGCUUCUCUGCCACGUCUCCCAGAGGAGGCGGAGGGACAGCUUGCUGGCGGUGCGCUGGUUCUUCUCACGCCCGGACUCCCAGGAGACCUUGAUGGUUAAGAUGACCAAGCUCCGGGUGGUGCAGUUCUAUGGCAACUACAGCCGCAGUGCCUUCCGCCAGAGGCUGCGUCUCUUGGAGGAGAGGCGGGGGGUACUCUACGCGCUCUCUGUUCUGACCCUGCAGCCAGCUGACCAAGGGCACUAUGCUUGCAAAGUCCAGGAAAUCAGCAAGCACAGGAAUAAGUGGACAGCCUGGUCCAAUGGCUCUUCAGCGACAGAAAUGAGAGUGAUUUCCCUCAAAACUUCUGAAGAUUCAUCCUUUGGGAAAAAGAAAGAGAGCUGGGCAUUUUUUGAUGACCUCUACAUGUAUGCUGUGCUCGUCUGCUGCGUGGGGAUUCUCAGUGUCCUCCUCUUCACCCUGGCUGUCAUCUGGCAGUCUGUGUUUAGCAAGAGGAAAUCCAGAGUGAGACAUUAUUUGGUGAAAUGUCCUCAGAACAGCUCAGGGGAGACUGUCACCAGCGUGACCAGCUUGGCCCCCCUGCACCCCAAGAAGGGCAAGAGGCGGAAGGAAAAGACUGACAUUCCCCCUGCAGUCCCUGCCAAAGCUCCCAUCGCCGCCUCGUUCCACAAGCCGAAGCUGCUGAAGCCUCAAAGGAAAGUCACUCUGCCGAAGAUUGCUGAGGAGAGCUUGACCUAUGCGGAGCUGGAGCUCAUCAAGCCCCACCAGGCUGCCAAGGGCAUCCCCACCAGCACUGUCUACGCUCAGAUCCUCUUCGAGGAGAACAAGCUGUAAUGCUGGGUGCUAUUCUGUGGUCCUAUUUAAUACCUGCCACCCCAGUUAUUUAUGAAACCUUGGAAACAAAUCCUUAUUUUUGUAUGCUCACUUGUGCCUCUGUGUGGUAGGGGCCCCCUUUGCAACAACAUCCAGGUGCCUUCAAAAAGAUAUGAGGCUCUUUGCAAGAGAGUGGGAACCAUAGCCCUUGGACAGAUCUCUCAGGAUGAGAUUUUCCUGGGUCCAAACUCUGAGGGUGAGGACUGUGAUUCUGAGCACCCCUGAGAUUUUCUUCUGAGCCAAACCCCUUCACAUUCCCUCCUUGCUUCUCUGGGUUUUAAUUGUUUUUAAGUCUUUUGAAUCUUCAUUUUAAUCUCCUUCUCUUCCUGUAUCCGUGAUAUCAAGCUCAUAGUAUAUAGCUAGAGGAAAUGCCAUUAUAGGCCAGAGUGUGAGAUGGUAGAUAUGUAGUAAUGGUUUUCAAAGGAUUGGAUAAUAUUGGUCAGGCAGCCAGAGCAGAGCAAAUUGCUUAUCGCAAGCAGUCCUUCAAGAUAGCAACUCUUGUUUCCAAAACACGCUGACCCUGGCAGCGUAAGGGCAUGGUACAGAGAAGGGUCUAACUGCCCACUCCUGUGAAAGCAAAGUCUUUUGCCUGGUCUGAGGUCAAAGCUAGCAGCAAACUGUCCCUGAACACUCCAGUGCCUGUUUCCAUACCCAUGAUCUCCUGAGGCCUUAGGAUAAAUAGGACCCAAUCCUACAGGGCUCAACCCCACCAGAAGGAAGGGGUGCUAUACUGCUUUACAAGGAUCUAUUCUCCAAGAAAUUCUGACCCUUUCCAAAAGGAGCCAGGGAGUUUGUCAUCAGUUGACACUGUGGAGGAAGGGGCCUCUGGGAGUGUGGCCUAGUCUAACUGUCCACUCCUGUGAAAGCAACGUCUUUGCCUGGUCCCCCAGGGUAGGAGGUUAGGAAGUGCACACUGGGCUGGAAAAGUGUCUCCUGAAGGCCUUUUGUUGCAAAAAGCUUGUCCAGCUCUGUGUGGGGUCCCCAUGGGUUGGGGGGUGUCAGGACGUGUGGAGCAACAGUCUGUGGGGAAGUCGCUCUGUGGGAUCUCACUGAUGGCGAGCUCGUCCUAGAAGAGAAUCAUUCUGCCAACUGGGUUGUUCAGGACACUUCCAAAGCAUGACUGUGCUCUGGUGUUUGUUUACUGCACACUAUAGAAAUUGUUUGCCUUUGU